AUGGCUGAUAUGGCAUCCGCCAUGCCCACUGCCGGUGGUCUAUACUUCUGGACCCACUACUUCGCCGCCGAAAAGUGGAAGAACCCAUUGAGCUUCGUUGUCGGGUACAGCAAUACCAUCGGCCUUAUUGGCGGCAUCUGCUCGAUUGAUUAUGGAUUCGCCAACAUGCUCCUCUCAAUGAUAUCCAUUGCCCGCGACGGAAACUGGACCGCAACACGACCAAUCAUCUACGGCACAUACGUCGCAACCGUAUUCUCCCACGGCGUCAUCGCCACAUUCGGCGGUAGAAUCAUGCCCAGAAUCCAGUCAAUCUGCAUUUUCCUGAAUAUUGGUCUGGUUGUAGCAACAGCUAUUGCUCUACCCGUGGGGAAAGCCAAAAACGCUCCGCCCAUUAAUUCGGGGUCUUACGUCUUUGGUGAUGUCGAGAACUUGACUACCUGGCCCACGGGUUGGGCGUUCAUUAUGGCGUGGUUGUCGCCUAUUUGGACUAUUGGUGCGUUUGAUUCGUGCGUGCAUAUGAGUGAGGAGGCUACUCAUGCGGCGCGUGCGGUGCCGUUGGGUAUUAUUACUUCGACGGGGAUGUGUGGGAUUCUGGGGUUCUUGUCGAUGGCUAUUAUUGCUGCGGGUAUGAGUCAGGAUAUUGAGGGGAUUUUGAAUUCGAAGUUUGGGCAGCCGAUGGCUCAGAUCUACUACGAUGCCCUCGGCAAGAACGGUGCUCUCGGUUUUAUGGCUGUAGUCAUGACCGUGCAAUACUUCAUGGGAUUAAGUAUUGUCCUCGCAGCAUCCCGUCAAAGCUGGGCCUUUUCCCGCGACGGCGCCCUCCCCUUCUCAUCCUUCUUCCGCAAAGUCAGCCAGGGCAAACUAACCCGCUACCAACCCGUCCGCAUGGUCUGCGGUGUAAUCGGCGCCUCGGCAAUAAUCGGCCUCCUCUCGUUAAUCGACAACGCCGCCGCAAACGCACUCUUCUCUCUAGCCGUAGCCGGAAAUGACCUCGCUUGGCUAACGCCUAUCCUGGCACGUCUACUCUGGGGCCAGGAUAAAUUCGUGCCUGGGGAGUUUUAUACCGGUAAAUAUCUCAGUAAACCGAUUGCUUGGAUAGCGGUUAUUUAUAUGUUUUUUGCGAUUGUGUUGUGUAUGAUUCCUACUGAGGGGCCGAAUCCGUCCGCGGAGAAUAUGAAUUAUACUGUGGUUAUUAAUGGUGCGCUUUGGUUGGGAGCUUUGCUUUAUUAUUAUGUUCAUGCGAGGAAAACUUUCAAGGGGCCGCAGACUACUGUUUCGCCGGAGGAUGAGGGUAAGCAGUUGGAGGCGGAAGCUGCUGUAGGGGGGCCGGAGAAGAGUUGA